GCGUGGCGCUGGCUUCCGGGUCCAGGCGCCGUGGGGUACCAGGAUCUGGGCGUACCGCAGGCCUAGGGCCUGAAAUCUGGGUUGUAGGGAGAAGGAUUCUCUACUCUGAAGGAGGAGUGGUGGGUGCCCGGACCACGAUUCUUUGGACCUGAGAUUCAGGAAGGGCACGCUGGCUUUGGCAUCGUGGGUUCCAGGCCAGCCGCCAUGCCUCCCUCUGGGCCCCGCAAAACGCUCUUCUUUCUCCUGCUGCCGCUGAGUGCCGCGCUGGCUGUCCCUCUGGAACGAGGGUCACCCGGCCAGAACAGCCCUGCCACGGAGAGCCCGGACACAGGCCUGUAUUAUCACCGAUACCUGCAGGAAGUCAUCACAGUGCUGGAGACAGAUGGGCACUUCCGGGAGAAGCUACAGUCCGCCAAUGCCGAAGACAUCAAGAGUGGGAAGCUGAGCCGAGAGCUGGACUUCGUCAGCCACCAUGUCCGCACCAAGCUGGAUGAGCUCAAGAGACAGGAGGUGUCUCGGCUACGGAUGCUGCUCAAGGCCAAGAUGGACGCUGAGCAGGAGCCCAACGUACAGGUGGAUCACCUAAACCUCCUGAAGCAGUUUGAACACCUGGACCCUCAGAACCAGCACACGUUUGAGGCUCGAGAUCUAGAGCUCUUGAUCCAGACGGCCACCCGAGACCUUGCUCAGUAUGAUGAGGCUCAUCAUGAGGAAUUCAAACGCUACGAGAUGCUCAAGGAACAUGAGAGACGGCGUUACCUGGAGUCACUGGGAGAGGAGCAGCGGAAGGAGGCUGAGAGGAAGCUGGAAGAGCAACAGCGCCGACACCGUGAACACCCCAAAGUCAACGUCCCUGGCAGCCAAGCUCAGCUAAAAGAGGUGUGGGAGGAGCUGGAUGGAUUGGACCCCAACCGAUUUAACCCCAAGACCUUCUUCAUACUGCAUGACAUUAACAGUGACGGUGUGCUUGAUGAGCAAGAGUUGGAGGCACUCUUUACCAAAGAGCUAGAGAAGGUGUAUGACCCUAAGAACGAGGAAGAUGACAUGCGGGAGAUGGAAGAGGAGCGACUGCGCAUGCGCGAGCACGUAAUGAAGAACGUGGACACCAAUCAGGACCGCCUCGUGACCCUGGAGGAAUUCUUGGCAUCUACACAGAGGAAGGAGUUUGGGGACACUGGGGAAGGAUGGGAGACAGUGGAGAUGCACCCGGCCUACACGGAGGAAGAGCUGAGACGUUUUGAGGAGGAACUUGCUGCCCGAGAGGCAGAGUUGAAUGCCAAGGCCCAGCGCCUCAGCCAGGAAACAGAAGCUCUGGGGCGCUCCCAGGACCGCCUGGAGGCCCAGAAGAGAGAGCUGCAGCAGGCUGUUCUGCACAUGGAGCAGAGGAAGCAGCAACAGCUGGAAGGCAAUGUCCCGCCCUCCAACGCUGAAGGACAUCUCCAGUUCCGUGCAGACACAGAUGAUGUUCCUGUCCCGGCUCCAGCAGGAGACCAGAAGGACGUGGAUGCUUCUGAAAAGAAGGUUCCAGAAGAGUCCCCCAAGGUGCCUCAGGUGGAUUCUCAGCAGCUAUGAUCUACCUGCCAGUGAACCCAGCCCCUAAAAAGCUGGCCAAUGGAAGCUUGGUGACCUGUCUUCCAGAGGAGGCUGGUACCUGAAUGAUGUCCUGGAAGAGGGGACAGGUGCCACACCCCACCAUGCUGCACAGGCCUCCCAUCUGCUGGUAUCAGAGCUCCUAGUCCCCUGGUCUUGGUUCUGUUCUUUGUCCCCCUCCACGGGGCCUGAUUUCUCUCUAGUCCACUUAGUUGCUGGCUGGAGAGGAUGAAGUCAGUGCUUGCUGUAGGCCUGCCUUCUGUCCCAGCUUGUCAGCUGACCCAGAUUCCACUGUGCCACAGUCCUGUUCCCAGAUCCUGUGGGUCACUCUUACUUUCUGCUAUCUAUGGAAACACUAACCUCAGUGUCCUGUAGAUGGCUGGAGGUCUUGGGGCCCGAUGGGCCCCUUUGGAUCCUUGGCUUCAGCUACUGCCUUGACAACCUCACCCUGACUGCCUGACUCCCAUCACCCUGUCCUAUGGCACCAGAAAGUACCCAGGGUGGCCCCAGCCCUCGCCCAGGUCCCAGUCUCUCAGCCCUGUGUGCGAGACCCUGGAGUUUGGUGGGCCUCAUCUUCAUCUGCAGUCCCUGCUGUGUCCUGCCCUGUGCUCCAGUUCCAUCCAAAUACAGCCUGGUGCAAAUAA